AUGCACCCACUGGGCCUGUGUAAUAACAAUGAUGAAGAGGACUUGUAUGAAUAUGGCUGGGUUGGAGUGGUAAAGCUGGAACAGCCAGAAUUGGACCCGAAACCAUGCCUCACUGUCCUGGGCAAGGCCAAGCGAGCAGUGCAGCGCGGAGCCACCGCUGUCAUCUUCGAUGUGUCUGAAAACCCAGAAGCUAUAGACCAGCUGAACCAGGGCUCUGAAGACCCACUCAAGAGACCAGUGGUGUACGUGAAGGGUGCAGAUGCCAUCAAGCUGAUGAAUAUUGUCAACAAACAGAAGGUGGCCCGAGCGAGAAUUCAGCACCGCCCGCCUCGACAACCCACCGAGUACUUUGACAUGGGGAUCUUCCUGGCCUUCUUUGUCGUCGUCUCCUUGGUCUGCCUCAUCCUCCUGGUCAAAAUCAAGCUGAAGCAGCGACGCAGCCAGAACUCCAUGAACAGGCUGGCCGUGCAGGCCUUGGAGAAGAUGGAAACCAGGAAGUUCAACUCCAAGAGCAAGGGGCGCCGGGAGGGGAGCUGUGGGGCCUUGGACACACUCAGCAGCAGCUCCACGUCCGAUUGUGCCAUCUGCCUGGAAAAGUACAUCGAUGGAGAGGAGCUUCGGGUCAUCCCCUGUACCCACCGGUUCCAUAAGAAGUGUGUGGACCCCUGGUUACUGCAGCAUCACACCUGCCCCCACUGUCGGCACAACAUCAUAGAACAAAAGGGAAACCCUGGCGCCAUGUGUGUGGAGGCGAGCAACCUGGCGAGCGGUCGGCAGCAGCGUGUCCUCCUGCCCGUCCACUACCCAGGCCGCAUGCACAGGACCAGUGCCAUCCCAGCCUACCCCACAAGGACAAGCAUGGAUGCCCAGGGGAACCCUGUCACACUGCUGACCGUGGACCGGCACGGGGAGCAGGGCCUCUACGCCUCGCAAACCCCAGCCUAUGUCCGCAGCUACCCCCCCCUCCACCUGGACCACCCCUUGGCCACCCACCGCUGUGGCCUGGAGCACCAGGCCUACUCCCCAGCCCACCCCUUCCGCAGGCCCAAGUUCGGUGGCCGCAGCUUCUCCAAGGCCGCCUGCUUCUCCCAGUAUGAGACCGUGUACCAGCACUACUACUUCCAGGGCCUCAGCCGCCCAGAGCAGGAGGGGCAGCCCCCCACCAGCCUGGCACCCCGGGGCCCGGCCCGUGCCUGCGCAUCCAGCAGCAGUGGUGGCCUGCUCUUCCCCUCUAUGGCCCAUGUGGCCCCUCCAGUCCACCUGGAGAGCGCCAGUGCAUCCAGCUUCAGCUGCUACCACGGCCACCGCUCGGUGUGCAGUGGCUACUUGGCCGACUGCCCUGGCAGCGACAGCAGUAGCAGCAGCAGCAGCUCCGGCCACUGCCACUGCUCCUCCAGCGACUCAGUGGUGGACUGCACGGAGGUCAGCAACCAGGGCGUGUACGGCAGUUGCUCCACCUUCCGCAGCUCCCUCAGCAGUGACUACGACCCCUUCAUCUACCGAAGCCGCAGCCCCUGUCGCACCAGCGAGGCCGGCGGCUCGGGCCGGGGGCUGGCCACGCCACUCGAGGGCUGUCCGAUGCCCGAGGAACUGGCAGCCACGCCCGGGCAUGGGGCUGGCCUGGGAGAGCCCUUAGGGGACCAGCUGUCCACCUGCAGCCUGGACAUGAACUAUAGCAGCAGCUCCUCCCUGGAGCCCCGUGGGCCUGCCGGCUCUCCCUCAGAAGUGGGGCUCGAGGCUUCUCCAGGGGCUGCCCUGGACCCCAGGAGGACCUGGAAGGGGGGCCAUGAGGGUCUCACAUGUGCCUGCUGCUGCGAGCCCCCGCCUUCUGCACUGGAGCCUGGCGUGGGCGCCCCCCUCUGUGAGGGCUGUGGCUCCUCGGGUGGGGGGGGUCCCCAGGGCCCCCACAGCCUUCGCCCAGGCCAUUUUCCCAGGACAGAUGGGGUGGAGAGUGAGGGCCUGCCUUGCUGCUUCUAUGAAGAGAAGCAGGUGGCCCACAGCAGCGGGGGUGGCGGCAGCUACCAUGCCAAGGACUACACUGUGCGCGUGCAGUACUCGCUCUCGGAGGAGCGCCCGGCUGGCAGCCCCCUGGGGGCCGGGGACCUGAGCCAGCGUAUCCCCAUCAUCCCCGAGGACGUGGACGGAGACUUGGGCCUGCCCAUGGACUGUCAAGGGGCCCGGGUCUACAGCCCUUCGACUGGGACAGCAGGCCCAGACACCCCACAAGCCCACCGGGGUCCAGGUAGGGCCCAGGCAGACGAUCAGACUUUGGGUGGCCUAUCGGGGGUGCUGCUGCAGCCACGCUGCCCUGCCGAGGAGAGGGGUCCCUUCCAGGAUACUGGGGACAUUGGGAACACCACGCCUGAGGCUGCAGGAUCAGGAUCUCGACUCCCAGGUGGCAGCGGAGGUGGCAGAGGUUCAGGUGCCUGAGCUCCGAAGGAACGCUAAUCUGGAACCGGGACUGUGUAGACUCCAGACUUGGACUUCCUUCGAAAAACAGACUUUUUUUUUUUAGCUUUGACAAACACACAAAAGUGGUAAUACAGAGACCCUCCUUCUCAACCCGGAAUGUGAGCCGCUCCUGGCAACCCCCGCCCCACUAACUCCCCCGCAGACAAAAUACUGAGUCCUCCACCUCUCUUGGGAACAUGUUCUUCUUCUUCUGUGUUUUGUACAGUGCGUGUGCUUGGGGUUCCGAGGUGUGUGGGAUUGAGUUCUCUGAUUGUUGGGGUUUUUGUUUUUUGUUUUAAAUAUUAUAUGUAAAUGUAAAAAGUUAUUUAAAUAUAUAUUUUAAAGAACCCUAACUGCCAACUUUUGCUGAAAAAGGAAAAGAGAAAAAAACACACUGCUGCAUUAAAUGAACCACAUCGUGUACAUACUGUUGCCUCCCCUGUGGGGGCUCAGGCCUUUGAAAAGCUCAGGGCUACACCUGCCUUAGAAAUGAACCCGAGACUUGAAGUCACGCUGGUUGAUACGGACACAGACCCUGAGGAACGUAGUGCACCGCCGCUGCUGCCUCCCUCUCCCUGGGCAACCCCACGGUCCACGUGGCUGAAGCCAGGUGCCUGCAGUCGAAGGCCACAAGCGGACGCAGCUAGGAUGAGGGGGGAGGUGCUGAGGGAGCUGGGGUUGUCCCUCAAGGAGGCAGGUGGCUCUCUGCCCACUGCCCUCAGUCCCACGGCUGGCCAUCCCCAGGAUUCAAAGGAGCCCGUAGUCACUGUCUAGGUGUGAGUCCCAGCCUAAGGGAGGGCCCCAGGCAUGGGGGUGGGGUUCCUCUGUCUGGAACGCCUGACCCGAGGGCCUGCGGGAAGGGAGGGUCCCUGGGAAGCUUCCCCGUGGUGGGACCUCACCCAGCAGUACAUUGGGCUUCCAGCCCCUGGCUGCAGAGUUCAGUGCAGGGGCACACACCAAAAGGAAUGUAGUUUUGUGGCCUUGGUAUUUGGUGGGGUACAUUCGCCACGCACUCAACGAUGGGCCAUGGGGCCACACUGCGCAUGCAUCUCAGGCACAGCUAUGCCCCGAGGCUGCUGCUUCCUGGGGGCGCAUAGUGGGGACCCGAUGGGGUCUGCGUUGAGAUUGGUGGGGCAAAGCCUCUCCCAUCCCCCUUCAGGUUGACAGCCCUCUGCAUCGCGGCUGAAAGUCCUCCUCUGGCCUGGAAAUGUCUAUGAUCCUGUCUAAUGCACUAUUAUGUAUUCAUUCUCCAGGAAAGAGAGACUAUGAGAUAGUUCAGACCCAAAGGGUAGGUUUUUGUAUAUUUUUCCAGCAUCUUUCUUUGUUUAAAAGGAGAGGGAAAGUGAAAAACCCAAACCGGUGUGUGGUUUUGUUGGUUUUGAGGAGUGGGGUGGGGGUGGAGGGAGAUUCAAAAGAUGUUUCCAUUUUUAA